AUGAUCCGGCUGGGCGGCCGGUGUGCGCGGUGGCCCCGCGGCGCGGCGGGCCCGGCGGGCCGUGCCCUGCGGGUGCUGCUGGACCUGGACGGCGUCUUGGCCGACUUCGAGGGCGGCUUCCUCCGCAAGUUCCGCGCCCGCUUCCCAGACCUGCCCUUCAUCGCGCUGGAGGACCGGCGCGGCUUCUGGCUGUCCGAGCAGUACGGCCGCCUGCAGCCCGGGCUGAGCGAGAAGGCCAUCAGCAUCUGGGAGUCGGAGAAUUUCUUUUUUGACCUUGAGCCUCUGCCUGGGGCUGUGGAAGCGGUGAAGCGGAUGGCCAGCCUGGAAGACACGAAUGUCUUCAUCUGCACGAGCCCCAUCAAGAUGUACAAGUACUGUCCCUACGAGAAGUAUGCCUGGGUGGAGAAGCACCUCGGCCCCGGUUUCCUGGACCAUGUGGUGCUGACUAGAGACAAGACCGUGAUCUCUGCCGACCUGCUCAUAGAUGACCGGCCAGACAUCACAGGGGCAGAGCCCAACCCCAGCUGGGAGCACGUGCUCUUCACCGCCUGCCACAACCGGCACGUCCAGCUGCUGCCCCCCCGCCGCAGGCUGCACGGCUGGACAGACCACUGGAGGGCCCUUCUGGACAGCAAGCGGCCCCGCUGA